UUUCAUGCCUUUCUCGUUUAAAAACAAAACAAACUUGCCGAGGGACAAGAAGCAGACGUCCAAUACAGCUAAAAUACAAGUGAAGUAGCGAAAGCAAAAAGUUAUUGAGCCCCACGGCCCCCACUCAGUCAAAUUAAUCACGCUACAAAGUUGAUGCACUUGGCAUAUUUGCAAACUACAAGUAACAAACCCCAUCAUCAAUUAAAAAGUGGCUGAUCACUCUCAUCUUUACCACAAGAAUUUCAGCCAUGGCUUCCCAAAUUGAUCACCAGCUUCACUUUCUUCUUGUUCCGCUAAUGUCCCAAAGCCAUCUCAUUCCCUUCACAGACAUGGCCAAACUACUUGCACGCCGUGGCCUAAAUGUUACCAUUAUCCUUACACCUCUUAAUGCAGUCCGGUUCAACACAAUCCUUGAUCAAGCAAAAGCCUCCAACCUCAACAUACAAUUCAUUUCACUACCGUUUCCUUGCCAAGAAGCUGGCUUGCCUCAAGGCUGCGAGAACAUGGACACCCUCGCAUCUCCCGAUUUACUCCCACAAUUUUUUGAAGCAAGUAACAUGCUGCAAAAACCACUAGAGAUGUGGCUAGAAGGGUUGGAAUCUUCUUCUAGGCCUAGCUGCAUUAUUUGUGACAUAUGUCUUCCUUGGACCUCAGAUGUCGCUCUCAGGUUCAAGAUUCCAAGGCUUAUCUUCCAUGGAAUAUCUUGCUUCACUCUCUUGUGCUCUCACAACAUAUCUCGCUCCAAGGUGCUCGAGGGAGUCAAAUCUGACUCGGAGCCAUUUUUGGUCCCAAACAUGCCAGAUAGAACUGAAUUCACUGCGGCCCAGCUGCCUGAAAUAGUGAAACAAAUUUCUGGUGACUUGAGAGAUCUUAUUGACCGAUUUAAUGCUGCUGCAAUUUCGGCACAAGGGAUGUUGGUGAACACUUUUGAAGAGUUGGAGCCAGGGCACGUCAAAGAAUACCAGAAAGUGGUCGAGAAGAUUUGGUGCAUCGGGCCCCUAUCUUUAGCAAACAAGUCCUCCAUUGAUGAGCCGGAGCCCGAGUGCUUGAGGUGGCUGGAUUCGAUGAAGCCAAGCUCUGUGAUUUACGUUUGUUUUGGGAGUCUCUGCCACUUGUUAGCCUCACAAUUAGUGGAGCUUGCUUUGGGAUUAGAAGAAUCCAACCAUCCUUUCAUCUGGGUGGUUAGGAAAGGAGAUUACUCAACAGAAUUAGAAAAAUGGUUUGUAGAAGAAAAGUUUGAGAAGAGGAUUGAAGGGAGGGGUGUUGUGAUUCGAGGAUGGGCGCCACAAGUUCUAAUCCUUUCACAUCCAGCCAUUGGAGGGUUCUUAACUCAUUGUGGAUGGAAUUCAACGCUAGAGGGAAUAAGUGCCGGCUUGCCGAUGAUAACUUGGCCGAUGUUUGCUGAGCAGUUCUACAAUGAGAAGUUGGUUGCACAAGUGUUGAGGAUUGGUGUGAGGGUGGGAGUUGAAGCGUGUGUGCAGUGGGGGGAUGAAGAGAAGGCUGGGGUGUUGGUGAAGAGGGAGGAUGUAAAGAAGGCUAUAGAGCAGUUGAUGGAAGAAGGUGAAGAGGGAGAAGAAAGAAGAAAGAGAGCUAGAGAGCUUGGAGGGAUGGCGAAGAGGGCAGUUGAAGAUGGGGGAUCCUCUUACUUGAACGUCACAUCCUUGAUCAAACAUAUCAGUGAACAGGUAUCAGGCAAAUAAAAGAUGUAACAGAAAUGUGUGCCUCUUUUUUGUCGAAAAUGGAUGUGUUUACUUUUCCUUAAUUGCUUGAAAAAAAACACAAAUAAUAAUAA